AUUUUAAUUUAGGCCAUACAUUUUCUAAAACUAGAAACAUGAAUUCUUUGGGAAGACAAAGUUUUUGACUAUUACGUUGAAGAUCUCAUGGGGAAGCUACGGCUUCCAGUCAUCUGACAACUUCCUAUGCUCCGAUAAUAUUAGAUAAAACCUCUUCAUCAGCAAUGCAUCACAGGCCCACAGCACUAUUUUUCAUAUUCAACAAAACUUCUCUUUGCAUAGAUAUGCGUCUGUAAAAACAGAACAUUCAUACCGAGGCCAGAGGGCCAUAGAAGGUAAUUAUAGAGCCAGGAAGGUCGUUUUAUGCCAGGAAAAAUAAAAUGCUGGGUGUCUCAUGAAAUUUCAGAACCCAGUUUCAAAAAGAUCAUAACAAAGAGGAAAUAAAAUUCAGCAAUGGUGGACCGCUCCACAGGAUAUAUUUAUUAAUAGAAUGUUUCCAUAUGCCAUUGACACCAACAUGAGAAAAAAGUGAACAUCAUUGAUUUGAAGCUUGACUGAGAAUUAUAUGUUCUUCAUUUUGUCAGAUGAAAUUCCAAAGACUGCCUUUUUUCUUCUCAUUUUAGAGAAAAAUGAGCAGGCGGAAUUGCUGGAUUUGUAAGAUGUGCAGCAAUGAGUCCGAGAGACUCCCUUCAAACCUUACUCUGGAAGAAGUAUUACAGUGGGCCCAAUCUUUUGAAAAUUUGAUGGCUACCAAAUAUGGUCCAGUAGUCUAUGCAGCAUACUUAAAAAUGGAGCACAGUGAUGAGAACAUUAAAUUCUGGAAGGCAUGUGAAACCUAUAAGAAAAUUGCCUCACGGUGGAGCAGAGUUUCUAUGGCAAAGAAGCUUUAUAAGACCUACAUCCAGCCACAGUCCCCUAGAGAGAUUAACAUUGACAAUUCAACAAGAGAAACUAUCAUCAGGAACAUUCAGGAACCCACUCAAACAUGUUUUGAAGAGGCUCAGAAAAUAGUAUAUAUGCAUAUGGCAAUGGAUUCCUAUCCCAGGUUUCUAAAGUCAGAAAUGUACCAGAAACUUUUGAAAACUAUUCCUGACUGCCACUCAAAAGUUUAAAUUGAAAAUUGUACAUAGCAAGUACUUGCUUUGAUCUUUUACUUUAGGAAAGCACAAAUCACAACAAAAGAAGGAAUAAAACAAAAAUCUAGCUAAAAAUUUAUUUCUAGUUCCAAAGAGAAAGAUUCCAAAAGGAAUGAACUCUACAACUCUUAUAAGUAACACAAGGUAUAGGAUACCUAUCUUCAUUAUAUUAACAGUAUGACAUUUUUACUAUAGUAAUCAACUAAUUGAUGUUUUCAUUAAUUUUGCUGUCAUCAUGCACAGAUUACUUAUUUAAAAACUUUAUCUCUGUGAAUUAUGUCUCUAUCAUGAAUGUAUUCUGCAAAUAUAGUAUUCUUAAUAACUCGAAUUAGUAGACAAAUU